AUAAGCCCCCCUCCCCUCCCGCCAUUUGCUAGUGAGUUCUCAGCUGUCUGUGCCCCAAAUAGACCUUAUCAGGAGGAGACCAUCUUUGACGGAGGGCUUGUAUCUUGGUGUGACCCCCUUUCCGUCGCAAAUGGUCCACCUUGAGUCGGUCACACCUCAUUGUGACGACUAAUAUAAAUAGGGGUUUCUUUGGGGUAACAUUACAAAUACAGGCACAGUGUCAAUCUUAACUGACAGAAGUUCUGGAAACAGAAAUUGGAAGAAAUACAGUUUUUAAAGAGCAACAAGAUGGGAGACCCAAUCCAGUUAAAAGAUGAAGGAAACACACAUUUCCAAGCAGGAGAUAUUGACAAGGCUAUUGAGUGUUACACAAAAGCCAUCAAAGUGUGUCAGGACAAGAAGGUGCUGGCUAUCAUUCACAGAAACAGAUCUGCUUGCUAUCUAAAAAAGAAAAAUUAUUCCAGUGCGGCCUCCGAUGCAUCCAAAGCCAUUGAUGUUGAUGCGGCUGAUAUCAAAGCCUUAUACAGGCGUUGCCAAGCUCUGGAGAAGCUUGGAAAACUGGACAUGGCCUUCAAGGAUGUACAGAGAUGUGCAACUAUUGAACCAAAGAAUAAGACCUUCCUGGAGACUCUCCGCAGGCUAGGGGCUGAAAUCCAGACUAAGCUCAAGACAACAUUCUCCACAGACUCAAGGGUACAGAACAUGUUUGAUAUUCUCCUCGAUGAAGAAAUGGAAAAGGACAAGAAAGAAAAGGCUGCCAACAACCUGAUUGUACUGUCCAGAGAAGAUGCGGGAGCAGAGAGAAUCUUCCAGAAUAAUGGUGUGCCUCUGCUUCUAAACAUGAUUGAGACAGGCAAACCAGAGAUGAUCCUGGCUGCUGUUCGUACUCUUUCAGGAAUGUGCACAGGACACAAAGCUCGGACAAUGGCCAUCAUUCACAUGGUGGGCACUGAUAAGUUGUGCAGCAUUAUGGCGCUUGACAAUGAGGAGAUCGCACUGGCAACAUGCAACCUCUUCCAGUGCAUCAACGACUCCCUCACAGGCGGGGAUAAAAGAGAAUAUGGAAAGGAAGAGGCCUUGGUUUUAGAUGCCUCCAAAGACCUGAAGACCAUUCUUUUGUCUCUGCUGGAGAUGGUUGGCAGUAAAAAGGUAUCUGGCCACGGCAGAGACCAGGCGCUGAACCUUCUGAGCAAAAACGUCCCUCGCAAAAUAAGGAAAGAUCCUGACAACUCUCGGACCCUCUUCACCAUUGACCACGGUCUGAAGAAGAUCCUCAAGGUGUGCGGUCAGGUUCCUGAGCUUCCCGACCAGUUGCCCAUGACUGAUAACACACAGCUGAUUGCCAGCGUGCUCCUCAACCGCCUCUAUGAUGACCUCACAUGUGACCCAGAAAGAAACAACUUCAGAGAUGUUUGUGAUGAAUACAUCAAAACCAAAAUAGACCCUAACGACAUGGACAGAACAAUUCACGCCAUCAACGUGAUCUCAGGACUGCUGCAGGGUCCAUUUGAUGUUGGUAAUGCCUUGGUCGGAAGGCAAGGCAUCAUGGAGAUGAUGGUGGCUCUAUGCGGCUCUGAACGUGAAGUGGACCAGAUGGUUGCAGUGGAGGCACUUAUCCAUGCCUCCACAAAGAUGAGCCGCGCCAGCUUCAUCAUCACCAAUGGUGUGUCACUGCUUAAGGACAUCUACAAAAAGACCAAAAAUGAGAAGAUUAAAAUACGCUCGCUGGUGGGUCUCUGCAAACUGGGCUCAGCAGGAGGUGAUGAUUAUAGUUUGAGACAAUUUGCUGAGGGCUCCACUGAGAAGUUGGCCAAGCAGUGUAGAAAAUGGCUUUGCAAUCCCCAGAUCGAUUCCAAAACAAGGAAGUGGGCUAUCGAGGGUCUGGCAUACUUGACUAAUGACGCUGAUGUCAAAGACGACUUUGUUGAGGAUGAGCAGGCACUCAAAGCCAUGUUUGAACUGGCCAAGUCUAAAGACAAGACCAUCAUAUAUGCAGUGGCCUGCACUUUGGUAAACUGCACCAACACCUAUGACAAGAAAGAGAUCAUCCCCGAGCUGGUGCAGCUGGCAAAGUUCUCAAAGCAGCAUGUGCCCGAGCAGCAUCCCAAGGACAAGAAGGACUUCAUUGAGAAGAGAGUGAAAAGACUGCUGAAAGCUGGAGUCACAUCUGCUCUUGCUGUCAUGGUCAAAGCAGACAACUCCAUCUUGACGGACCAGACCAAGGAAAUGCUCGCAAGGGUUUUCUUGGCACUGUCAGAGGAUCCCAAAGAUCGUGGUACUCUUGUUGCCCAAGGCGGGGGAAAGGCUUUGAUACCUCUGGCACUGGAGGGAACAGAGGCAGGAAAAGUGAAGGCCUGUCAUGCCCUUGCCAAAAUUGCAGCCAUUUCAAACCCAGAGAUCGCUUUCCCUGGCGAAAGGGUGUAUGAGGUGGUGAGGCCUUUAGUCAGCCUCCUUCACACAGACAGAGAUGGAAUGCAGAACUUUGAGGCUCUAAGAGGCCUCACUAACUUUGCGGGUUUCAGUGAAAAACUAAGGGUAAAGAUUGUGAAAGAGAAUGCUCUGCCUGAAAUUGAGAACUAUAUGUUUGAGGAACACGAGCAGAUCAGGCAGGCAGCCACUGAAUGCAUGUGCAACCUCGUGACAUGUAAAGAGGUCCAAGAGCGCUAUCUGGAAGACGGUAAUGAUAAGCUGAAGCUGCUGCUACUACUUUGUGGAGAGGAUGAUGACAAGCUUCAGAUUGCUGCAGCUGGGGCACUGGCAAUGCUUACCGCUGUUCAGAAGAAGCUGUGCACUAAGCUGACCCUCGUGAGUGCCCAGUGGCUUGAGAUCCUACAGAGGUUGUGUCUACACACCAACCCAAUGAUCCAGCACCGCGGUCUCGUGAUAGUGUACAACAUGCUCAACUCGGACGACAGCGAGCUGGCCAAGAAACUGGUCGAGAGUGAGCUGUUGGAAAUCAUGACCGUGAUUGGAAAGGCCGAGGACAACCCCAAGAGGCAGGAACCCAUUGAUGUGGCACGUACAUGCCUGGUUAAAGCUAUGGAACUGGGUCUCAUCAAGCCCUUCUCCAGCCCAUCUUAAACACAACAGCAACCAAUAUUUUUACUUUCCUUUUAUUACUUGUUUCCAACAGAUUUUCUUCAAAACUAAAGAAAUUAGUAAUUAUCAAUCUUACCAAAUUAUAUAGAAUAUUAUUAACAGAGUCUUGACAUCAUUGUAGCUUUUUAGAUAAUUAAACAAAGAAAUAAAAAAUGGGCCGCACGGUGGUCUAGUGGUUAGCAUGUUGGCCACACAGCCACAGUCAGGGGAUCGGAAAGACCUCCAAAUUUCAUCAAUUUGUGGAUUCUGGCAAAAAAGGAGAACGAUCCUCAAUAAUUAUAACAAAUCCAAAACUGCAGUCAGGAAGUUGCACACAAACAAAUAAAUCCACGCCAAAUAAAAACAUUAUCAGUGGAGGUAAUAAAAUUUGUGAUUUGUACAUCUGGCCCCAUAUAUUGUUUUCUUUUUUAAACAGUUUGUUACAGAUGUUUUUAAUAGUGUUUCUACCAAUAAAAAUCUCUUCUUGUUUGAGAAGACAUGACUUGCCCAAUUUAUGUUUUAAAUAUUUUUGUUAGUUUGUGAAUAUUAGGUCAUUGUAUUUGUAUUGAAUAGAUCAUAACAGGACUAUUCAGGUUGUCUUAGGUGACCUUUCGCCUGGGCUUCAUCAGUUCAUGCUCACGACUAGAUAGGACAGCUCGAGACCUUCUUACACCUUAUGUAACAAUGACAUCUUCCCCUGUAUGUGUCAGUUUUAAGGCUACAUUUUUAUGUUUUUUAGCUGCUGGUUUUAUUCAUAUAAAAAUAAAGGUUUUUUUUUCCAAAAUAAGUGCUAUUUCAUUUUUACUGCCCAUUUCAGCAACUAUUGGGACAGUAGUAGGGAUAAUAAGGCCAUUUUUAUUAUAUAGGCUUACAUGUACUGUAUGUACUGUACAUGUGUAUAGACUACAGAGUAGCAAGAUGUAAAGAUGUGCCAUUCAUCCUGCAAACAUUUUUUAACAUUUACAACAGCACAUAUCGCAUAAU